AUGAGCUGUAAUUAUGAAGCAUAUAUGGCAAAGGAUUGCAAAUCUACAUAAUCUUAUCUAAUCACCCUUAUUGAUGGAACUGGUUCUAUGUGUGGUGAAUAUCAAACCAUUGUAGAUGCUCACAAUGCUACUUUUUCCUGCCUAGGAUCAUAGCAGAUGAGAUAUUAAUGGGAAUAAUCACUAUAUGAUUUCCUUCCAUUUAGAAGUGCAGGGAGUGGAAAUAUCACCGAAACUUUUAAGACGAUUUUUUAAACACUUUUAAAUAGUUAUUACCAAAAUAAUAUAACAAUUGUAUUCACUAGCGAUGGUCAGGAGUCUUUUGACUUUAAUUAAUUAACUUAUUUAAUAGAAUAAAUGAAAUAAAAAUACUUGAUUUAAUUUAUAAGUGUAGCUGUUGGAAAUUCAUUUCCAAACACAAUAUCUAAUGUUUUAAGAAAGGCAAUCCAAAAUUAAAACUCAAGCUGCCCUGCCAUUUUCGAAGUUUAAAGACGUAGCAGUUCUCAAUAAUAAUUAUAAUAAGAAUUCACAACUAUAUUUCACGAAAUCAAACAGCUUCUGAAUCUAUAAUCAAAGCUCCUUCAAGUUAACUAGCCAGUUUAUUAAACAAUUGCUUCGAAAGAGACUACCACAAUGGUUGCACCUGGUGAAUCGUAUCUUAAUAAAACAGAUGGAACCAACAAAAAAAUGGUUUUAGAUGGAGAAGAGAUUUAGCCUACUUACAAUCCUCAUCAUAUUUCUUAACUUAUAUGUAAUUCAAUAUCACAGGAAAUAAUAGAGAGUGCUGCAACAAAGAAUCAAAAUAGCUAAUAAAAUUUUAAAAAAAUAAAAGUUAUAUCUGAUCAACUUUUAACCAAAAUGGAAACCAGUAAUGAUAAUAAAGAUCAGGAAGCACUUCAACUAAUGGAUCCUCUUUUAGAACUAAUUGAUAAAUUUGCAGAUGGAACUUUAAAAGCCCAAAAUUUAUCGGAAUCUACAAUGACUAUGCUUCAAAAACAUCUGAAAUAAAAGUAAGAAAUUUCUAAAUUUAUUGAAUGUUUUGCGAAAGAAAAAGUAGAGGAACAUCUAANUAAAUGA